UGUCAACGGAAAAUUGCUUGUGUUCUACUUUUUCGACUAACGAACGUGAUUAGAGAAACUAAUUUGAGUAAAUUUAUACCGAGCUCGUAAAUAAUGAUGAACUGACACUUCAUAUUAAUUAGUCGAAAUAAAAUAAAUUGCGGGCCACAACAUGCAAUGCCGUAUAUUGAUCAAACACGUGUACAAAAAAUUGUCAACAUUGACAACAUUCAGUCGAAAUUCGGUACACGGCUUGUUAACACCCGACAUGAUAAAAAAAUAAGAAACUUUAAAAUCAAAAAUGUUGCGAUUUGAAAGCAUAGGUAGCGUGAUAACGUAAAUUAAUACCCUGUCCGUCACUCAACAUGGGAGAUUUUGGAGAAGAUAGUGACGACAGCGAUGGAGAGGGGGGUCAGGGGAACGUAAACAGGCAAAUAAUGAGACCCCCUGGACACAGCGGAAAAGCAAAGCGCGGACAUCUAUGCUUCGAUGCUUCAUUCGAAACAGGAAAUUUGGGCAGAGUUGAUUUGGUCAACGAAUAUGAAUACGAUUUAUUUAUACGACCCGAUACGUGCAGUCCGCGUUUAAGGUUUUGGUUCAAUUUUACCGUGGACAACGUCAAACAAGACCAGAGGGUGGUUUUUAACAUUGUCAACAUCAGUAAGGAAAGAAAUUUGUUUAUGGAGCAUAUGACGCCCAUUGUUAAGUCCUCAAGCCGUUUAAAAUGGCAACGCAUACCAAAACAUCACGUUUAUUACCACAAAUCUCAACAACAUCACAACCAUUACGUUUUAAGCUUCUCUUUCGGCUUCGAUAAAGAAGACGAUGUUUUUCAAUUCGCUUUGGCGCCCCCGUAUAGCUACUCAAAACUGCAAACCUUUUUAAGCGUUUCUAUUUAUGGGUACAAAUUAAAGGGAUCAGAUGUUGUUAUUCCCUAUACUGAGGAAAGUUGUGCGAUUCCAAUGGAGCUAACAAACGAGCCAAGUCAAAAAAAGAGGCCAAAAACCCAUAAAAGUCGCAGAAAAAAUAGAGUCAAAUACCAAAAACGCCCUUUGACCAGUCGUACGCAAGCUUUGAUGCAUUUUAAAAAUUUAAACAUCAAUUAUGAUAGUGAGACUUCUUUUGAUGACUACACUUAUAGUUAUAGAAAUGCGAGUCCUCAAAGAAAUUUUGAAAAAAUUACCGAACAGUAUAAUUUGAAGAAAGGCGGCAAGGAGUUUGAGGAGAAAUUUUAUAGAAGCGAUUCGCCACUACCUCAGAAUAUAAUGGUGCUGCCCGAACCAAGUUUAAGUAUUAUAGAUUUUAAUAUUAUGUCUAGGAAUGAUAUUGAGAAAGCGUCUAAUUUAAAUAAAGAAAGAUUUAGGAAGUAG